AUGGCGGCAAAGACGGCAGACGAGCUUUCCAAGCUCGCUCUGAACGGCAAUGCCACCAAGCCUAAUCCCCAAGGAAAUGGCACCAACGGUGUCAAUGGCCACCUCUCAGAUCAGGAUGACUCGGACGACGACAAGGACGACGAUGCGCCCGCAGUGGCUGGGCCUGCUGGGGCCGAUGGGAAUACGGCAAGCGGAGCCGCAAAGAAGAAGAAAAAGAAGAAGCCAAAGAAGAAGAAGGCUGCAGGUGCUGGUGCUGGCGGUGGUGCAAAGGUCCAAUCUGACCCACCUCGGGUCCCCGUCAGCCAGCUUUUCCCAAACAAUAUCUAUCCCGUUGGUGAAGAGGUUGAAUACAAGAACGAGAAUUCAUACAGAACAACAAAUGAGGAAAAAAGACACCUCGAUCGCAUUAACAAUGAUUUCCUACAGGAAUAUCGUCAGGGUGCCGAGGCACAUCGCCAAGUUAGAAAAUGGUGCCACGCCCAUAUCAAGCCUGGAAUGAGUUUGACGGAAAUUGCAGAGGGGAUUGAAGACAGCACCCGCGCUCUGACUGGCCAUUGGGGCUUAGAGGAAGGGGACAAUAUUAAAGGAGGUGUUGGAUUUCCUACUGGUCUCAGCAUUAAUCAUAUUGCAGCGCAUUACACCCCUAACGCCGGAAACAAGUGGAUUCUCGGGGAGAAAGAUGUGCUUAAGGUUGAUUAUGGCGUCCACGUCAAUGGACGUAUCGUUGACUCUGCGUUCACACUGGCCUGGGAUCCGAAAUAUGACAAUCUUCUCGCAGCUGUCAAGGAUGCAACAAAUACCGGCAUUCGCGAAGCAGGAAUUGAUGUCCGUGUCUGCGAUAUUGGUGCUGCCAUACAGGAGACAAUGGAAUCCUACGAAGUCGAAAUUGAUGGGAAAACAUACCCCGUCAAGGCCAUUCGCAACUUGAAUGGCCAUGACAUCAUUCAACACAGUAUUCAUGGUGGUAAGUCUGUUCCGAUCGUCAAGGGUGGAGAUCAAACCAAGAUGGAAGAAGGGGAGAUAUUUGCCAUCGAAACCUUCGGCAGUACCGGUCGUGGCUAUGUCAACGAAGAUCUUGAGGUCUCACACUAUGCCAUGCGGUCGGAUGCUCCCAAUGUAGCACUCAGAGUGCAAUCGGCUCGAGCUCUUUUGAAUGUCAUCAAGAAGAAUUUCGGCACGAUUCCAUUCUGUCGGCGAUAUCUUGACCGACUUGGUCAAGAGAAGUAUUUGCUGGGAUUGAAUAACCUGGUCAGCUCGGGUAUAGUGGAAUCCUACCCGCCUUUAGUCGACACAAAGGGAAGCUACACCGCACAAUUCGAACAUACUAUCUUGCUUCGGCCAAACGUAAAGGAGGUUGUCAGUCGGGGAGAUGACUACUAG